AUGGACCAUCAUCGUCGAACGAGGCUCGAGGCCGCCGAGGACGAUUGUAAUCCGCGAUGCAGGAUCUGCGCGAGGCUGCUCGGCGGCUGCAAAGCUCUGAGGAUCUUCGCCGACGAGGGCCGCAAGCACAACCUACAGAGGAACAUCCACGCGUACCUCGGCAUAACGGUGUCCGCGGAUGACAGAUUGCCGAAGAUGGUGUGCGCCUCGUGCGUCGGCAAACUCGACGGGAUUCACGGCUUCGCCACUAUGGCUCUGAGGAGUCAAGAGAGGCUGAGGCAGGAGAUCGUCGUCGGGAGCGUCGAUAGCUCGGACAGUUCGGAUAGCCCCUUGGAUAGAGGGCUACUGCACUCCAUACUGACCAAAGGCUCCACCGGUAGCCAGGCGCAGAGCAACGACGAGGAGAUGAGGAUGAUGGACGCUCGGCAGCGAACGCCCAGCACCGAGGAGAUGGAGGUCAAAGUCGAUCCCAUGCUCUUCCUCCAGUGCGCCUUGGACAGGCCCUCUUCCGCGGACUACUCCGAUUUCUCGGACGACUGCAGCCGGGCCUCCGAGCCGGCGGAACCGCUCUCCCUCACCGCCAACGACAAGUCCGAGAACGAAGACCCGGUGGACUGCAACGAGUCCGAGGAGGAGGAGGAGGAGGAGGAGGAGGAGGAGCAGGACAGCGGCGGCGAAGCCAACCACCUCUGCAAGAUCUGCGCGAAGGCGUUCGCCUCGCAGAUGUCCCUGCAGAAGCACCUGUGGUCCCACCUGCCGGCCUCGGUAACGACGACCUCGACGACGACUUCCAACAAGACUCAGAGGCUCUCGCAGAACGACUCCAGCUGCAACGGCAGCUUCGUCUGCCCCAUCUGCGGCAAGAAGAUCUCGACCAAGGGUAACCUGAAGGUCCACCUCGAGACUCACCGGCCCAAGGGCAAGUACGGCUGCGACAUCUGCGGCAGAAUCUUUAAAACGCAAUCGAACCUCUUUCGUCACAAGGAGUACCACAGCGGGGUGCAGUUCCCCUGCGGCGUCUGCGGCCGGGUCUACCCGACCAACUCGACUCUGCGCGCCCACAGCAUCACCCACUCGGACCUGAGGCCUCACGCCUGUCCGCUCUGCGACAAGACCUUCAAGCGCAACCAGGAUCUCAAGUUUCACAUAAACCAGCACACCGGCGCCAGACCAUACCAGUGCCCCUACUGUCCCAAGGCUUUCGCCAGCUCCGGUAACUGCUUCUCGCACCGCAAGAGGAUGCACCCGAAGGAGGUGCAUCGCGACAGGCAGAGAGCUGCCGACCUCAUGAGAUGA